AUGUUUCGUGUACUAUUCACACUGACAGUCGCAUUUUAUGUAGUGGACGCCACUAUCAUAGUAAAGCCGCCUCCUGUUCCUGACCAGUGUAAUAUUUAUGAAAAAAAUUUGUGUUGGGUACUUGACAAUUGCGUUUGUCGUCCGAUCCAAAAUCCUUGUCUUAGGGAUGCUGAGAGCAAAUUAAGAAUCAAGAAUUGUAAAAAACCACUUGUGCCCAUUUCGGAGGAACUUUGCAAGUAUUUUAUUCCUAAGCUAUGCAUCCUCGGAAAGCCCGUGACAGCGACUUUACUUGUGCGUCCAGCAUGUGGCUGCAAGAGUAAGCCUGAUGUUUUGAAAGUGCAGAAAUUUGACAACUUUUGCAAGCUGCAAAAAUAUUCAGCCGAAAACAAAAUACGUAAGUUUAAGUUCCAAAAUUAUGUUCAUAAAUUAACUUUAAAUAUUUUGAAUGUGUGCUCGGUGAGUCUGACGUGGAUGAAGGCAUCGAUGCUGCCGAUAUUGGACAUGGACCAGGCUGCAGUUGCUCCAGAUGCAGUUGCGGCAGAUGCGCCUGCGAUUGCGGCGACUGAGCUUAACAAUAGUCAAAACUAA